AUGCCUCAUGUCAUCACGCAGCAGGCGCCUGGCCUGCCAAACCAGAGCAUGCUCAAUAGGAGCAAUUCAACGAAUACCGAAUCAUCAUUUAAUCCACGAACACCUGCACGAACAAAAACAGGAUUUGGUAGCCUGUUUGGAUGGGGAGCAUCGAGCAUUCACGAAGAUUCACCGAUAGAACGGCCAGUUUCGCUGGCCGAACAGAGGAUGUCCAAGUUACCAAGCAGCAUCGAUGUAACGCUGGCUAAUUCCCAGCCAUCGCAUCCCAAAAGAACCGACUCGGGUAUUUCACUACCGCCAAGAACACCAAUUUCGGUUGAAGAAGUCUUAGAAGAAGAGCUACGGUCACUUUCGGCAGACUUAGCUGCUUCAAUUCGAAGAGAGGUUGAACUGGAGGAUUUGGUAGAAACUUUACAAUUAACGGCUGAGUCGCAGGGCAAAUUGAGUCCCGGAGUUUCUAAACGGACAAGCGACUAUUUUUCAGAUGCCGGAACGGGCUCAGGUUAUGAUUUCGACCUACCUUCGAAGGAGCAACUCGACUACGAUCGUGUCGUUCGAAAGAGUGAACAGGUGCAGACACAGAUCCGCCUUGAACUAACACAAAAGAUCCAAGAAGAACGCCAGCGACGGAAAGGUGUUGAACUACAGGUCAGAGAGUUGGAAGAGAGAGUUGGAAAUGUCGAAUUGGGCGGCUUGCGUCCGCCUUCCCCAGGCCGCGUACGUGACCUCGAGGUUGCUCUCGAUGAUGCACGCCGAAAAUUGUCAGAAGAACGAAACCUUAAGGCCAAUUUCGAAGAUUUGGUUACGGCUAUCAAGGAUGAACUGACUGGCUAUCGUAACGAGCGUGAUAACCUCCGCGAUGAAAUUGUCCCCCAUCUCAGAGCACGAGUUGAGGGUUUGGAGGCCGAACUCGCUGAAUCCCAAAAGAACCCGUACGAUGCGACCAAAAUGCAGCAAGAAAUCGAUGACCUUCGUACAAAAUACACCGCUCUUGUGGAGUCAAGUCGCCAAAUACAACAGGAGAAGCCCCUCCCAGCAGAACCACCUGUUGUCCAGACACCAACUCAACCAGCCACACCCGUGAAUACGACAUUCAAGGAAAAGGAUUCUUUGGUAGAGCGGAUCAAGGAAAUUGAGCUACAGCGUGAUGCCCUCCAAGAUGGCCUACGAAAUCUCCGAUUAAGAAACGAACUAGAGAAUAAGAAGGCACUUCAUCGCAUUCGUACGUUGGAAUGGGAAAGGGAUCGUGCUAUGCGACCCAGCUUCCGCAGGAUGCGCAAGAACAAGGAAAUCGCAACCUUCAAGAGUCAAGUCGAACGGUUAAGGCACCGUGCCGAAAACGCUAUCGACUCCAAAUACGUUUGCGAAAGAAACCUCUCAUCUCUCAGACUGGACUUAGACCGAUUGGAACAGGAGAUGGAUGAGCUCAGGGAACUUUUAAAAACUCAAGAUACAUUGGCAAAUCAGGUCGAGGAGCUACAAGAAUCGUGCAAGCAGCUUCUUGCUGAGUGCGAGGGGGAUACUGAACUUGAACAGCUUUCCACCGAAUUGAGGUCCCGAUCUGUCAGCAAUGCUAUGCUCCGAAAACGCCUAGUUGAUGCCAUUGAACGAGGAGACCAAGACCGCUUGAUGGCAAAUACUAAGAUCAAUGCCCUCUGCGAAUUACUCAAGUCGAUGGAGGAGAAGAUCGGCGAAGCCCAACAGGAUCUGGAGGAUGUUGCUUCCAAACGCGAUCAAGAGGCCAGGGAUCUAAAGGAGGCUAAAGGAGGACCCCGGCUUCGUCGAGUUGACGAACAAGCUGCCAUGGAUGUCCAGCCGAAUUCUGCACUUAUCGCCGCUAAGGAACCUAGAAUCAGCCGUGACGGCAGGGGCAAGGACACCCGGCUCUACGUCCUCCAACACCGUAUCGAACAGCUCGAGAAAACUAUCACAACCACGGACAUCGAAAUGGAAGAUCUUGAGUCUCGUCUUAACAUGACGUUACUAGAAGCGUCUGAACUUCGAACCGAAAACGAUCAGUCUUCAUUACACGUCAACAGCCUACGAUUGAAAUUGUCCAGACACCAGUCCUGA